AUGGGAAAUUGUGUGAGAAAAGAUUCCGGCUACCAAUGGGGUGGUGAUUACUGGGGAUCUCCGGUGGCUUCACCGGAAAAUGCCUUGAUUUCCCGCGAAACUCGCCGGAAAAGUGAAGUGGCAGAAGACGGUGAAAGUUCCGGUGACCGGCCGGUGACGGAGGUGAAGAUAAAGAUAACUAAGAAACAGUUGAAGGAGUUAUUGUGUAUGAAGGAGGUGCAGGGGCUUACGAUGGAACAGGUGUUGACUCAGCUGAUUAAGGGUGGUGAUGGAGUGUUUGACCUUCAUCAACGGUCAUGGAGACCGGAGCUUCGUAGUAUCCCUGAGUGA